AUGACACCCAUACGACGAUACUUGAGAAUUACCAAAUAUUCGGUUCUCGAGUGCCGCAUAUACCUGGACAACCCCGCACUGACACAGUCAUGGCUCCUGAACCCACGGGACCCUAUUCUUCCCAAAGUUAUUGAGAGUGUACGGCCGUUGGUCUUGCCGAAACUGCGCGAGGAGCAAGAGCGAGAUCGCAUGAAGAAAAAGAGCAAGAAACGAACCAUCAAGGAUGUCGUGGUCCAAGAUGACUUUGAGGUGUCGAUCUUCCUGAUGGAAACCGACACGAGGCACUCACUGUUGCACAAGAGGAAGCACUUUCGUGACAAAGUGCAGACUAAACUCACGUCCAACUCUUCAAAACUGACAGGCGGGGUUCAUGACGCCCCCAUUGAUGUUGACGGGGAUGAGGUGCUCCAGGAGGCAACCGAUGGGGAUGAUGAUGUGCCACUGAUCCACGAGGAGGAUGAUGAUCAGAAUGCCAUCAACCUGGACGACAUCCCCGAGAUAGAUGAAACAACAACAAACUCGGCCAGUACCAAUCGGAGAGCAAAGAGGCGCAGGCAAACCAGCGGGGAGAAUGAGGGCGUGUCGAACCCCUCCGAGAUUGAUCCUGACGUUGUUGAGACGAUUGAUACAGAUUCAUCAGAUGAUCAGCUGUUCGUUGGUGACGGAGACGACGACGAUGACAGUGACACAGCAGCUGGAAGGCCGCCCCCAUCAAAGCGCCGUCGGGAGAAGGCGGCCGCUCGAGACAUGGAUGGACCUGACGACAAGAAGAAGUUGGGCAUGGAUAUCUCAUACGAGGGUUUCGCCAUCUAUGGCCGGGUGCUGUGCCUCGUCGUCAAAAGACGGGAGGGCAUCGGAAAGGGCGGAGGUUUAGCAAUGUCGACGAGCGGCAGGUCCCAAGCUGCCGGCCGACCUCGAGGUCAGGCUAUGAUGGAGAACUGGAUAUCUUCUACGCAACUUCCCGAUGAGGCUGGUGCGGGGGAUGAGGAGGCGUCGUGA